AUGAUGACUUCCAUGAGAGACGCGGCCGAGGAGGAGUCGGGCAGUUGGAUGACAACACAUGGCCUUCUAGAGCCCACGCUCAAGGUCAUGAUUGUGGGUGACUCCAUGUCUCAAGGCCGAGAGGGCGACUGGACCUGGCGUUUUCGUCUCUGGGAGUGGUUCAAAGACCAAGGCCUUCCUGUAGACUUUGUAGGGCCAUACAAUGGCACAGCACAGUCGGACUUGGCCUCGCUACCGGCAACGCCAUCAAGCAAUGAAGAGCCGCAUUGGACGAGUGAGAUCAGAACGAGUGGAGGAUACGCAGCCGGUGUGUCGCAGGACUUUGAUAAGGACCAUUUUGCGAUUUGGGGCCGCGCCGUCGCAAUAGAUAAAGGACUAAUAUACGAUGUUCUCGCUGCCUACCCUGCCGACUUGAUACUUCUGAUGCUGGGCUUCAACGACAUGGCCUGGUUCCACAGCGACGCUGCAGGUACCGUGGACAGCAUGCAAACAUUUAUUCUAAAUGCCCGUGCAGCUAAUCCGAGACUUAAAUUUGCUAUCGCGAACGUCCCCCAGCGAACCUUUAUCAGCGGCCGGGAAGAUCUCCCCUUCAGCACUAAUACAUAUAAUGCGUUAUUACGAGAGGCGAUUCCCGGAUGGACCACCCUGGAUUCACCAGUUGAACUGGUUGAGCUGCACGAGAAUUAUGAUUGCGCGCCGAUAGCGUGUCCAGUGGGUUAUGAUGGCCUUCACCCAAAUGCCCAGGGCGAAUAUCAGAUUGCUCGUGCAUUCACACUCACUCUGGUACAAAGUUUCAGCAUUGGGACCUUUCCGCUGUCUAUUCCUAUCAUGACGGGCGGGCCAUUGUCUGGAUUAUCCAAUCUUCAAGGUACUGGUAGUCUUCCGCAGGGGGUACCAGACAUGAUACUAUAA